AUGCCUUCCCCAGCAGCAGGAAAGGGUGACACCCCCCGCACCCCUACCAAGCUCGGACGCAAGCCGCAAUCAUCUGCCCCCAAGUUGAACAAGCCUCAGCAAGGCAAAUCGGAGGACGCCCCCACCCCCGAUAUGCCCGAGCAAGCAGAGGAUUUGAAGCAACAAGGACAGGAGAAGGCCGAGGACGCAAAGAACCAAGCGCAAGGCACCGCCGAAGACACCAAGCAGAAGGGUGAGGAAGCUGCCCAAGACACCAAGGGCAAGGCGGAAGAGGCUGCUGAGGAUACUACCGGCAAGGUCUCACAAGCUGGUGAUGAACUCGAGCAGGCCGACCCCAAGCCAAUCGACGACGACAACGACGCCGAUGAGGAAGAUGACGACGACGCUACACACAAGGCUGGAGACGACGCAGAAGACACCGCCGAGGACACUGCCGAAAACACAGAAGACGAUGCAACAGAGACUGCCAGCAAGGCCGCUGACACCGGCAAGCAGGCUGGUGGCGGUGCAUUGAGCGGUGCUCGCGGUCUCGCUGGCCGCGCAUCGAACCUCGCUGGUAAGGCUAAGCAGGACCCACAAGGAGCUGCUCAAGAUGCCGGCAACGACAUUCAGGAGGGCGCUCAGGAGACAGCGGAAGAUGCGCAGGAAACUGCGGAAGACACCGCUGAGGGCGCUCAAGAUACCGCUAAGUCUGCCAAGGACACCGCAGAGUCCAAGGUUGGCGACGCGAAGGACACCGCUGAAGAUGCCACUGAGGAUGCUCAAGGCACCGCAGAGGACGCAACUGAAGACGUUCAGAGCAAGGCUCAGGAUGCUACCGACGACGCCAAGGACGCCGCCGAGGACGCUACCCCCGACCUGAGCCUGCUCAAGGGCCUCGAAGUUGACGAGGAUGGCAUGAUCAAGAAUGCGGAUGGCAGGACGGUCGGACGUCUCGUUGAGGGUGAUGCCGAGGACCUCGCUGGCUACCCCAUUGGCGACAACGGAGAGAUCCUUGACGACGAUGGUGAUCUCGUCGGCCGCUGCGAACUCACACCCGAGAUGGCCGAGGAGCAGGCCAAUGAAGCUGCUGGUGAGGCUGGCGACAAGAUGCCCAACAUCAGCAUCUUGAAGGGUCUUACCGCCGACCGAUCUGGUCAAAUCCUCAACGAGGAUGGCGACUUUGUCGGUCACCUUGUUGAAGGCGACCCAUCCGCGAUCCAGGGCAAGGAGUUCAAUGAGAACGGCGAGAUCCUUGACGACGACGGCAACGUCAUCGCCAAGGCAGAGCUUUCACCUGAAGCCGCCGACCUCCCUGCUUACCAGCAAGAUGACGACGAGGAGGAUGAGGAGGACGGUGGUGCCACCGAAGGCGUCACCGAUGCUGUUGACGGAGCCAAGUCUACAGCAGAGGAGAAGGCUGCUGAUGUUGAGGACGAGCUUCCUGGUGUUGAGGCCCUCGAGGGUAUGGAGAUCAACACGCAGGGAGAAAUCCUCAACGACGACGGCGAAGUCGUUGGCAACGUUGCUGACGGCGAUCUCGAGAACAUCGAAGACGUCAAGGGUCUCACCGUCAACGACAAGGGCGAGGUUGUUGACAAGGACGGCAACGUUCUCGGCACGGUUGAACUUGCUGAAGGCGCUGCUGACAAGCUCAAGGAGUCCGCCUCCGGUGCUCUCGACACCAGAAUCUUGGACGGCCUCAAGGUCAACAAGAAGGGCAAGGUCCUUGAUUCUGAAGGUGAGGAGAUUGGUGAGCUCAAGGAAGGUGAGCUCAGCGAGUGCGCUGGCAAGAAGCUCAACGAUAAGGGUGAAGUCCUCGACAAGGACGGCAAUGUCAUUGGCAAGGUUGACGUUGUUCCUGGAGAGGCCGCUUUCACCGCCAUCAAGGAGCUUAAGGAGCAGCUCGGUGAGCCCCUUGAAGGCGAUGAAGAAGAUGAGCAAGAAGAGGGAGAGCCUGAGAUGAAGGAGAUCACCCCUGAGAUCGACGAGCUUGAGGGCUUCAAGGUCAACAAGAAGGGUCAAGUUCUCGAUGAGGAGGGUGAACCCAUUGGUGAGCUCAUCGAGGGUGACCCAGCCAAGUGUGCCGGUAAGAAGAUCAACGAGAAGGGCGAAGUUAUCGACAAAGAUGGCAACGUCCUUGGCAAGGUCAAGGCACUGCCCAAGAUGGUUGAGGCUUCCGAAGUCCCCGAACCCGAAGUCAAGGAAGUUGAAGUCACACCAGACAUCAACGAGCUUGAGGGCCUGAAGGUCAACAAGAAGGGUCAGGUUCUUGACGAGGAGGGCGAACCUAUCGGUGAGCUUAUCGAAGGUGACGCUAAGGAGUGCGCUGGAAAGAAGAUCAACGACAAGGGCGAGGUUCUUGACAAGGACGGAAACGUCAUUGGAAAGGUCCAGGCUCUGUCCAGGAUGGUCCAGCAGCAAGUUGACGAGGCUGAGGAUGCCGCCGAAGACGCUCAAGACGCCGCCGAGGAUGCUCAGGAUGCUGCCGAAGAAGCUCAAGACGAUGGUCGUCCUCCUCUAUCCAUCCUUGAUGGUCUUACCGUCAACAAGUCCGGCAAGCUCGUCGACGCCAACGGCAACAUCGUUGGUGAGCUCACUGAAGGUGACGCGAAGAAACUGUCCAAGUCUGGCACCACUUGCGAUGCCGAAGGCCAGUUCUGGGACAACAAGGGCAACGUCAUUGGCCGCGCCCAGACCAUUCCUCAGGAAGAAGGCGAGGAGGAAGCUCCCUUCGCCGGUCUUGAUGGCCUUGUUGUGGUCAAGGAUGGCUUCGUCGAGGACGACAAGGGCAACCGCGUCGGCCAGGUCGUCGAAGGCGACGCUAAGAAGCUUGUCGGCCGUGCCGUUGACGAGGAUGGCGAUAUCCUUGACAAGAAGGGAUCAGUCGUCGGUCACGCCGAGCGCUACGAAGAGCCCGAGGAGGAGGCUCCUGAAGAGGAGCAGCCUGAGGACUUGUCCAUCCUUGAUGGCAAGACUGUCAACAAGCAAGGCAACGUUAUCGGAGAUGAGGGUGUGCCAAUCGCUCGCCUCGUCGAGGGCAACCCCAAGGAAGUUGCAGGCCGCAAGAUCAACGAUGAGGGUCUCAUCUUUAACGACAAGGGCAAGCAGAUUGGCCGCUGCGAGCUUAUCCCCGAGAACGAGCGUGAGAGCAAGCCUGAGGGCAUCUUCGCUGGUCUCGAGGGUCUCCGCGUCGUUCAAGGCGGCAUGGUUGCCGACGAGGAUGGCAACACAGUUGGCCAGAUUGUUGAGGGCAACCCUAAGCGUCUUGUUGGCAUGGCUGUUGACGAGGAUGGCGACAUUCUUGACAAGUACGGCAACGUCAAGGGCCACGCUGAGCCUCUUGAGGAGGAGGAGGAUGAGGAGCCUGCCGACCUUUCGAUUCUCGACGGUCUUACCUUGAACAAGCAAGGUUACCUUACCAACAGCGAAGGUAUUCCCGUCGGAAAGCUUGUCGAGGGCAAUGCUGCCGAGCUCGCUGGACGCAAGUCUGACGGCGAUGGUCUCAUUCAUGGCGACACUGGCAAGGUUGUCGGUCGCUGUGAUAUCAUUCCUCCCAACGAGCGCCCUGAGCGCAAGGAGGGACCAUUCGCCGGAUUCGAAGGACUUCGUGUUGUCAAGGACGGAUUUGUUGAAGACAACGACGGCAACCGUGUUGGCCAGCUUACCGAAGGUGACGCCAAGCGUCUUGUUGGUCACACAGUCGAUGAAGACGGUGACAUUAUCGACAAGUAUGGUAAUGUUAAGGGUCACGCCGAGCCAUGGUCUGAAGAGGAAGAAGAGGAAGUUGACCUCUCCGCCCUUGCUGGCUGCACUGUUAACAAGGCCGGCAACAUCGUUGACUCCAGUGGCCAAGUCAUUGGUCGCGUUGCUGAGGGUGAUCCGGCUACCCUCGCUGGCAAGAAGGUUGAUGGUAAGGGCCAGAUCUGGGACAACGAAGGUAACGUCAUUGGACGUGGUGAGCUUGUCCAUGGCGCAGACAACCGACCCGAAGGCCCAUUCGCUGGCUUUGACGAGGCAACUGUCGUUAAGGACGGAACUGUCCAGACACCCGCUGGCGACAUCAUCGGUCGCAUCACUGAGGGUGAUGUCAAGAAGCUUGUUGGCCACAAGGUCGAUGAGGAUGGCGACAUCAACGACAAGAACGGCAAUGUCAUCGGCAAGGCUGAGCGCUGGGAGCCCGAGGAGAAGGAGCGUCGCAUCAACCCCAUGGCUGGCAUGCGUGUCAACAAGGAGGGUGAGGUGCGUGACGAGAACGGUGAUGUUAUGGGUCGCCUCACUGCUGGUGACCUUGGUCACUGCGCUGGCCUUGAGAUUGAUGACAACGGCUACGUCGUCGACAACGAUGGUAACAAGGUCGGUGAGGUUACUCUCUUGGAGAACAUCCAGGAAGAGGACGAGGAAGAGACCGACGAAGAGAGGCAACGUCGUGAGGACUCCGAGCUGGCCAAGAAGAUGUCCGCCAUCUGUGAGGACACUCUUCAGCGCGUCCAGCCUGUCAUGAAGCAGAUUACUGAGUACAUCGAGCAAGCCGAUCGCACACCUCGCGACGAGCUCGACGAAGAGGAGCUUGUCAACAACGUCAAGCCUCUUAUCGAGGAGGGUUCUCGCAUUCUCAACGACUGCAACGGCUCACUCCGCGGUCUGGACCCCGAUGGUCGCAUCGCUGCCCAAGCCAAGGGUCGUCAACAGACUGGCGAAGCCUCGCCCGAGGAGUACAAGUUGGCCGACAACCUCAAGGAGCUUACUACCACAGUUGUCACUACCAUCGACAACGCGAAGAAGAAGAUCUCCGAUAUGCCUCACGCCAAGAAGAAGCUCAACCCUCUUUGGGCCCUGCUCACUGAGCCCCUCUUCCAGAUCAUCGCUGCUGUUGGUCUGUUGUUGACGGGUGUACUCAAUCUUGUUGGCAAGCUGCUUAACGGUCUGGGUCUCGGUGGCCUCGUCAACGGCUUGCUAGGUGGCCUUGGUAUCAACAAGCUGCUUGGUGGCCUUGGACUUGGCGGUCUAGGCGACAUGCUUGGAGGCGGCGACGACAAGAAGAAGAAGAAGGGUGCUUCCGGUCCUAUGAGCAUGGUCGGCGGCUUGCUCGGCAAGAAAUAG